CAUGAGCAGAGUCAAUAAGCGCUUUAAUUAUUUAUCACGCGAUCCUCUGCUGUACAAAUGUUUGAACUUACGGAAUAUACACCUAACAUAUAUGCAUACAAAUAUCUGUCAGUUAUUUGAUUACUUUGCACCCAGAUGUAAACGUAUACUACAGUUAGAUUUGGCAUAUUGCAAAUAUUAUGCUCCGUAUUUUAGGGAAUUUUUAGAAACUUGCUGCAGACAUUUAACACACUUACGAUUAAGUCACUGCAGAUAUGUUUUUUAUUCUGGACUUCUGGGUGAUAUUUCAGAACUAUGCAAAAAUUUGAAAGAAUUGGAUCUAAAUUACUGUAAAGACAUAAGACACAAAAAUAUUUCACACCUCAAAAAUUUACAGUUUUUGGAACGUUUACAUCUUGAAAACAUUUUUUUAUUAGAAUCUAAUACUUUAUGUGAAAUACUACAGAAAAAUCGACAGAUGCGUGAUUUAAAUUUAGCAAAUACGCGUUUAAACAUAGAUACUGCAGUCGUUAUAGAAUUAAAAAAUUGCCUCAAUUUGGAAAGAUUAAAUUUAAUGCGAUGCUCUAUUACAUCGCAAGAGAUUUAUGCUCUUGCCGAUUGUAAGAAUUUGAUAGAAAUAAAUUUUUCUGGAUGCCGGAUAAAGGAUUAUUGUGACAGGAGUGGUGCCUUCAGUAGAUUGUUUUCUUCCUGUAAACGCCUGACAAAAGUCGACUUGAGCUAUUCUGAUCAGUAUAAACCUCUCAAUAAGCGUGAUUUGGAAACACUAGCGUUGUGUAAAAAUUUAAAAUCUUUAAACUUGAUGAGCUUGGAUUCUGUGACACCUGCUAUAUGUUCUCAACUUUUUACAAAAUGUACUAAAUUGAACGAAAUCGAUCUUACUUUUUGUAAAAAUAUUAGUCAAAACUUGGUGGACCAGUGGAACGAAAUAUACAAUGAAAUAAUUGUAUAUAAAUUUUCACAUAGGCAACCCCGGUGAUAAAGUUUCUCUGAAUUUCUCUGAAAGACUAAAAAUUAAUUUUCUUGAAAAUGUUCCUCAUUUUGGAUAUGUUGCAAAGUUCUCAGAAAAUUUUUUAGUAUUAUUUCAGAGACUUAUCAAAAUAUUUUAGUAAUUUUUAAAGAUUUUCAUAUUAAAAUGACACUUUGUGAUGAUUCAUGACUAUUCAAUGUUAAUAGAUUCAUAUUUGUAAUAGAUCAGAUCAAUAAAGUUAUUUAAAAAAU